GAUCCGAUCCGUGCGCCCGGCUCCCCGCGCAGCCGCCCUGCCUAAAUAAGGGGCGCCGCCGCCGCCGCCGCUGGAGCCGAGCCAGCCGGGCGGGGACGGGACGGGACGGGGCGCGGCAGCCGGCGGCAGGUGCACGGGCCGCCGGGAGCCCCCCGCGCCCGGCCCGGGGGAGGGCGGACGCGGCGUUAACCCCUCCGGGCCCGGAGGCGCAGCCCGCAUCCUCCCCGCAGCCAGGGCGCGGAGCCCGGCCGCCGGCCCCUCCCCCUCUCCGCUCGCGGGGCCGGAGCAGGCGCUGCGGACCCAGCCGCAGCCCCGGGGUGGGGAACCGCCCGAGUGAGCCCCGGAGCCGAGCGCAGCGGGACCCUCCGCCCGCGCCUCUGGGACUGACCCUGCGCCCGGGACAGAGGGGCCCAGGCAGGGCCCUGCUGGGGCGCCGGGCUAGUGGGGCCCCGAGGAGAGGGGCCGGGGCCGGCGGCCUCCCCCCAUGGGAUAAGCAGCAUGCCCGUCCGGCGCGGGCACGUCGCCCCCCAGAACACCUUCCUGGACACCAUCAUCCGCAAGUUCGAGGGGCAGAGCCGGAAGUUCAUCAUCGCCAACGCCCGGGUGGAGAACUGUGCUGUGAUCUACUGCAACGAUGGCUUCUGCGAGCUGUGUGGGUACACGCGGGCCGAGGUCAUGCAGAAGCCGUGCACCUGUGACUUCCUGUACGGGCCCCGCACCCAGCGCAGCGCGGCCGCCCAGAUCGCCCAGGCCCUGCUGGGCUCCGAGGAGCGCAAGGUGGAGAUCUGCUUCUACCGCAAGGACGGCAGCUGCUUCCUGUGCCUGGUGGACGUGGUGCCCGUGAAGAACGAGGAUGGGGCUGUGAUCAUGUUCAUCCUCAACUUCGAGCUGGUGCUGGAGAAGGAGCUGCUGGGCUCCCCGGCUAAGGACACCAACCACUGGGUGACCCCUACCAACUGGUUCCCUGCAGGGCGCAGCAAGUCCUUCAAGCUGAAGCUGCCGGCGUUGCUGGCGCUCACGGCCAGCAAGCAGUCGCUGUCCCAGGGGGGCCCAGAUGCCGUUAUCGUGGACUUCUCCAAGCCCAGCAGCGAGUCGGGGGCCCCAGACGAUGUCACCUCCUCCCUGGAUAACAGCUGCCGGGACUCCCAGCUGGAGGAGCGCAAGGCCCUGGUGGAGCUGGAGGAAGGGAGGGGCCCGCUGGGUGAGGCAGGCCUGGAGCCCCCCAUCACCCACUCGUCACCCCGUGCCGACAGGGACCGCCUCCACCUGGACGCCUCCUUCUCCAACUGCAGCCUGUCGCGCUGCCGGUCCUGGGAGAGCUGCCACAGUGUGCGGCGCGCCUCCUCCGUGGACGACAUCGAGGCCAUGAAGGGCGAGGGUGACAGGCGGGGGCAAAACCGCCACGGCAGCACAGGGGCCAUGAACAACCUGCGCAGCAGCCUGCUGAACUCCACCUCGGACUCAGACCUGAUGCGCUACCGCACCAUCAGCAGGAUCCCGCAGAUCACACUCAACUUCGUGGACUUCAAGGCCGAGGCCUUCCUGACGUCGCCGUCCAGCGAGCGGGAGAUCAUCGCGCCCACCAAGCUGAAGGACCGGACGCACAACGUCACCGAGAAGGUCACCCAGGUCCUGUCCCUCGGGGCCGACGUGCUCCCGGAGUACAAACUGCAGGCGCCGCGCAUCCACAAAUGGACCAUCCUGCACUACAGCCCCUUCAAGGCGGUGUGGGACUGGCUCAUCCUGCUGCUGGUCAUCUACACGGCCGUCUUCACGCCCUACUCGGCCGCCUUCCUGCUCAACGAGAAGGAGGAGCCCACGCGGCAUGAGUGCGGCUACUCCUGCAGCCCGCUCACCGUGGUGGACCUGCUGGUGGACAUCAUGUUCCUCAUCGACAUCCUCAUCAACUUCCGCACCACCUACGUCAACUCCAACGAGGAGGUGGUGAGCCACCCGGCCCGCAUCGCCAUCCACUACUUCAAGGGCUGGUUCCUCAUCGACAUGGUGGCCGCCAUCCCCUUCGACCUGCUCAUCUUCGGCUCCGGCUCUGGCUCUGAGGAGACCACGACGCUGAUCGGGCUGCUGAAGACGGCCCGGCUGCUGCGCCUGGUGCGCGUGGCCCGUAAGCUGGACCGCUACUCGGAGUACGGGGCGGCCGUGCUCUUCCUGCUCAUGUGCACCUUCGCCCUCAUCGCCCACUGGCUGGCCUGCAUCUGGUACGCCAUCGGCAACAUGGAGCGGCAGAGCAUCGGCUGGCUGCACUCGCUGGGCGACCAGAUCCGCAAGCCCCUGAACGAGAGCGCCCCGCUGCAGGGGCCCAGCAUCAAGGACAAGUACGUCACGGCGCUCUACUUCACCUUCAGCAGCCUGACCAGCGUGGGCUUCGGCAACGUCUCCCCCAACACCAACUCCGAGAAGAUCUUCUCCAUCUGCGUCAUGCUCAUCGGCUCCCUGAUGUACGCCAGCAUCUUCGGCAACGUCUCGGCCAUCAUCCAGCGCCUCUACUCGGGCACCGCGCGCUACCACACCCAGAUGCUACGCGUCCGCGAGUUCAUCCGCUUCCACCAGAUCCCCAACCCGCUGCGCCAGCGGCUGGAGGAGUAUUUCCAGCACGCCUGGUCCUACACCAACGGCAUCGACAUGAACGCGGUGCUGAAGGGUUUCCCUGAGUGCCUGCAGGCCGACAUCUGCCUGCACCUGAACCGCAGCCUCCUGCAGAGCUGCCGGCCCUUCCAGGGGGCCAGCAAGGGCUGCCUGCGCGCCCUGGCCAUGAAGUUCAAGACCACGCACGCCCCACCCGGCGACACGCUGGUGCACGCCGGCGACGUGCUCACCGCGCUCUACUUCAUCUCCCGCGGCUCCAUCGAGAUCCUGCGCCGCGACAUGGUGGUGGCCAUCCUUGGGAAGAACGACAUCUUUGGGGAGCCGCUGAACCUGUAUGCGCGGCCCGGCAAGUCCAAUGCGGACGUGCGGGCUCUGACUUACUGUGACCUGCACAAGAUCCAGCGGGAGGAGCUGCUGGAGGUGCUGGACAUGUACCCCGAGUUCUCGGACCGCUUCUGGGCCAGCCUGGAAAUCACCUUCAACUUGCGCGACACCAACAUGAUCCCCGGCUCCCCUGGAAGCACCGAGCUGGACGGCAGCUUCAACCGGUUGCGGCGCCGCAAACUCUCCUUCCGUCGGCGCACAGACAAGGACCCGGAGAACGCCGGGGAGCUGAGGAGCAGCCAGAAGCCACUGCGGACGGGUUGGAACCACCAGGCGCCGGGGGUCCCGGAGGACCAGCCCAAGUGGGAGCCCUCCAGCUCGCCCUCCAGCGACGAGGAUGAGCGCCCCACGCCCAUCGCCAGCGCCGGCCAGCUCUCACCCUUCUGCGCCAAUGGGGAGCUGCUCAGCCAGGGCGACGGGCAGCCCAAGGGCAGCGAGAACUGCAGCCCCCUCUCAGGGGCCUUCUCGGGGGUGUCCAACAUCUUCAGCUUCUGGGGCGAGAGCCGGGGCCGGCAGUGCCAGGAGCUGCCCCGCUGCACCGUCCCAGCCCACGCCAGCCUCAGCAUGGGCCUGCCCCCCCGGGGCCACCGGCCCCGCUCCGAGGUGGAGAGCCGGCUGGACCAGCUGCAGCAGCAGCUCAACAGGCUGGAGACCCGCAUGGCCGCAGACGUGGGCGCCAUCAUGCAGCUGCUGCAGCGGCAGGUCGGGCUGGUGCCGCCGGCCUAUAGCACCGUGUCGUCGCCACCCCCAGGCCCGGAGCGCUCCCCACCGCCCGGCCAGCCCUGCCCCCAGGUUCCCAGUUACCCGGUGCCGUUCCAGUUCCCGCAGCCGCCCAGCCCAGAGCUGCCCUGCGAGCCGCCCCCCCGGCGCCGCUCCCUCCCUGGACAGCUGGCCCCGCCGCCGGACUCACAGACCCUGCAGAGACACUGCUCCGACCCGGGGAGUUAAUCGGCAGGACGGGGACGGGGCCCGGAGCCCGGCGCAGGGGGGCCAGGGCUUCAGGGCUGCCGCCCCCUCCCCGCCCCAAGGACAACAGUGCCGCCUGGGUGAGGGCCUGGCCACACGCUAGCCAAGCAGGAGCCACGGGCCGAGCCCACGCGACCAGGAUGUUAGCUGGCCUAACGGAUCCAGGACGGGGCCCGCCCGCCCUGCGUGCCCUGCUGUGCCCAGAGGUCGGCACAAAGAAACAGAGACUGGCCGGGGAAGGACCCGCAGCCCAGGACCCUGGAACAUAUCACGGGGCCGGGCCGACACAGCGCAGCCCCCUGCAGCCAGGGCUGGCCCCCAGGGGUGCUGGGCGGGCGGGCGAAAGGGGCUGAGCACGCUGGGUGCCCAGGUCUUAUCUGCCUGGCUGCCCUGUGUGUACCCUGAUAUGAGCACCCGUGUGCGCCGCUGGCAGGGGGAGAGGGAGCACCGUGUGUGUGCGGCUCUGUUCUGUGUGUGUGUGUGUGUGUGUGCGGCCCUGUUCCCUGGGCGGGAGGGGGAGCCCUGUUCCGUGUGUGUAGGGGGGUCACUGUAUGUGUGCGGCCCUGUUCCCUGGGCGGGAGGGGGAGCCCUGUUCCGUGUGUGUAGGGGGGUCACUGUGUGUGUGCGGCCCUGUUCCCUGGGCAGGGGGGGAGCCCUGUUCCGUGUGUGUAGGGGGUCACUGUAUGUGUGCGGCCCUGUUCCCUGGGCAGGGGGGGAGCCCUGUUCCGUGUGUGUAGGGGGGUCACUGUAUGUGUGCGGCCCUGUUCCCUGGGCGGGAGGGGGAGCCCUGUUCCGUGUGUGUAGGGGGGUCACUGUGUGUGUGCGGCCCUGUUCCCUGGGCAGGGGGGGAGCCCUGUUCCGUGUGUGUAGGGGGGUCACUGUAUGUGUGCGGCCCUGUUCCCUGGGCAGGGGGGGAGCCCUGUUCCGUGUGUGUAGGGGGGUCACUGUAUGUGUGCGGCCCUGUUCCCUGGGCAGGGGGGGAGCCCUGUUCCGUGUGUGUAGGGGGGUCACUGUAUGUGUGCGGCCCUGUUCCCUGGGCAGGGGGGGAGCCCUGUUCCGUGUGUGUAGGGGGGUCACUGUAUGUGUGCGGCCCUGUUCCCUGGGCGGGGGGGGGAGCCCUGUUCCGUGUGUGUAGGGGGGUCACUGUAUGUGUGCGGCCCUGUUCCCUGGGCAGGGGGGGAGCCCUGUUCCGUGUGUGUAGGGGGGUCACUGUAUGUGUGCGGCCCUGUUCCCUGGGCGGGGGG